AUGGCCUUUCACACCUGGAACCAGAAUACUGUCAGGCAGAUCCAUAAUGCCGUUACUCCUAGCAACGACCAACCGAAUCCACGUGUCCCCUUGUCCAGCAAGCAUGACCUAGAUACAGCAGUCGAUGCCGCACGACGCGCCUUCACUACUGUUGAUGAACGGAAAUGCAGGAUACGCCCAUUUCUCUGCGACCUGGAGAUUAACAAGGAUGCGCUUGCUGAGCUACUAUCCCUCGAACAAGGGAAGCCGCUGAGCCAGGCUAAGACGGAAAUCCAACGGACAAAAGAUCUUGUCAGAAACAUGAUCGAAGUCGAUAUUCCGGCGAGAAAUUAA